UAAACUCACUACCAUACCAGGAUUCUCUCUCUAUUUCUGCAGAAGCAUACCUUUUUCUUUUUCCAACGACCAUGACUUUAACCUGAAAAAACCAGAUUCAGAAAUCAGAUCCUAACUGAAUAUACAUACAUAUAUACAUACAUAGAUACGAAGAGAGUGAGUGUUUGUACAACACUUGUCACCCACACAUACUCAUAUCAAUAUCCAUUAUAUGAGGGAGUAUAUGCUUGCGUGUGAAAGUAGCUUCUGAUUCUGUUUCUGCUUUGCUAAAAAAACGCAGAUAUAUAUAUAUAUAUAUAUAUAUAUGUGUGUGUGUGCGCGCAUACAUAUGAUUGGUAUUGUAACUAUGGGACAAAACCACAUCCAAAAACAGAAACACCAGUGAGGAGUGUAUUGUUGUUGUUGUUUUAGAUCGGUAAGUAGCAAUGGCAUCGGCUACCUAUGAUAGGCUGAGGAAAGGGAUGCUUACGCAAGUUCUUGAUAAUGGCAAGGUUGUGCAUGAUGAAGUGGACGUUACAAAUCUUGGGAUGCAAGAUAAGAAGCUGUUGAUGGAGAGUAUUCUUAAGGUUACUGAGGAAGACAAUGAAAAGUUCCUUAGAAGACUCAGAGACAGAACUGACAGAGUUGGGAUUGAGAUUCCUAAGAUUGAAGUUCGGUAUGAACGUUUGUCGGUGGAGGGAGAUGUGUAUGUUGGGAGUAGAGCACUUCCUACUCUGCUUAAUGUUACUUUGAACACAAUUGAGAGUAUUCUCGGAUUGGUUCACCUUGCUCCAACGAAGAAGAGAAAAAUCCAGAUACUCAAAGAUGUUAGUGGAAUUGUUAAACCAUCAAGGAUGACCCUACUUCUGGGUCCUCCAGGUGCAGGGAAAACAACCUUGUUGCAGGCACUUGCUGGGAAACUCGACAAGGAUCUGAAGGUAUCUGGGAAAGUCACCUACUGUGGUCAUGAAUUCCAUGAAUUUGUUCCUCAAAGAACUUGUGCUUAUAUUGGUCAACUUGAUCUUCACCAUGGAGAAAUGACUGUGAGAGAGACACUGGAUUUCUCGGGACGCUGUCUAGGGGUUGGCACAAGGUAUCAGAUGUUGGUGGAACUCUCAAGAAGAGAGAAAGAAGCAGGAAUUAAGCCCGAUCCUGAGAUUGAUGCAUUCAUGAAGAACACUGCAAUGGCAGGCCAAAAGACUAGUUUGGUUACUGAUUAUAUUCUCAAGAUACUUGAACUGGAUAUUUGUGCUGAUAUUAUGGUUGGAGAUGAAAUGAGAAGGGGUAUCUCUGGUGGACAAAAGAAGCGUGUGACUACUGGGGAGAUGUUGGUUGGACCGGCAAAGGCUCUUUUAAUGGAUGAAAUAUCGACAGGGUUGGACAGUUCUACCACUUUUCAGAUUUGCAAGUACAUGAGGCAAAUGGUUCAUAUUAUGGAUGUGACUAUGGUCAUUUCUCUUCUACAGCCAGCACCAGAGACAUUUGGUCUUUUUGAUGACAUUAUCUUACUUUCAGAAGGACAGGUAGUCUACCAAGGUCCAAGAGAAAAUAUCCUCGAGUUCUUUGAGCACGUGGGUUUCAAAUGCCCCGAUAGGAAAGGAGUUGCUGACUUUUUACAAGAAGUAACAUCCAAGAAGGAUCAAGAACAAUAUUGGUUCAAGAAGAACCACCCUUACAGAUACAUUUCAGUUUCUGAAUUUGCCCAGGCCUUCGGUUCUUUUCACAUAGGCCAACAGCUUGCAGCUGAUCUUAGUAUUCCUUAUGAUAAAUCUAGAGUGCACCCAGCUGCACUGGUGACAGAGAAGUAUGGUAUUUCAAAUUGGGAACUAUUCAGGGCUUGCUUUUCAAGGGAAUGGCUGCUAAUGAAGCGUAAUUCUUUUGUUUAUAUAUUCAAGACUACUCAGAUAACAAUCAUGUCCUUGAUUGCCUUGACAGUUUUCCUUUGGACAGAAAUGCCAGUGGGAACUGUUGCAGAUGGAGGAAAAUUUUUUGGAGCACUAUUUUUCAGUCUGAUUAAUGUGAUGUUCAAUGGGAUGGCUGAAUUGGCAAUGACUGUUAUCAGGCUUCCUGUCUUUUAUAAACAAAGGGAUUUCCUGUUCUAUCCUGCAUGGGCUUUUGGCUUACCCAUUUGGGUCCUCAGGAUCCCUCUAUCAUUCAUGGAAUCAGGAAUAUGGAUCAUUCUUACCUACUACACAAUUGGAUUUGCUCCAUCUGCUAGCAGGUUUUUCCGACAGUUCUUGGCAUUCUUUGGCAUACAUCAAAUGGCAUUGUCCCUCUUUCGGUUCAUUGCUGCAGUUGGAAGAACACAAGUUGUUGCAAAUACGCUGGGUACCUUCACAUUGCUUUUGGUUUUUGUGCUUGGAGGAUUCAUCGUCGCCAAAAAUGACAUUGAGCCAUGGAUGAUAUGGGGCUACUAUAUUUCUCCUAUGAUGUACGGACAAAAUGCCAUAGUGAUUAAUGAAUUUCUUGAUAAAAGAUGGAGUGCGCCCAAUAUUGACCCUAGAUAUAAUGCACCAACAGUUGGAACGGUCCUUCUCAAGUCCAGAGGUUUCUAUACCGAAGAAUAUUGGUUCUGGAUUUGUAUUGGAGCACUUUUUGGAUUUUCUCUUCUCUUCAAUGUGUUAUUUAUUGCAGCAUUGACUUACCUGAAUCCUCUGGGUGAUUCAAAAGCCGUCAUUGCGGAUGAUGAAAAUGACAAGAAGAAUAAAUAUUCAUCCUCCAGACAACAUGGAACAGAAGGUAUUGAUAUGGCUGUGAGAACUUCUUCAGAUAUUGUUGGUGCUUCACAUAGUGCUCCAAAAAGGGGAAUGGUUUUGCCCUUCCAACCCCUUUCACUUGCCUUUAACCAUGUGAAUUACCACGUGGAUAUGCCUGCUGCAAUGAAGACUCAAGGAGUUGAAGAAGAUCGUCUUCAACUGCUACGAGAUGUUUGUGGUGCUUUCAGACCAGGAAUAUUGACGGCACUAGUGGGUGUCAGUGGUGCUGGGAAGACAACCCUUAUGGAUGUGUUAGCCGGAAGAAAGACCAGUGGAUACAUUGAAGGAACCAUCAACAUCUCUGGUUACCCUAAGAACCAAGCAACCUUUGCUCGGGUUAGUGGUUACUGCGAACAGAAUGACAUUCAUUCACCAAAUGUUACUGUCUAUGAAUCUCUCCUAUAUUCAGCUUGGCUCCGUCUCUCUUCAGAUGUAAAGACACAAACACGAAAGAUGUUUGUAGAUGAAGUUAUGGAGUUGGUUGAGCUUAAACCAAUAAGAGACGCUCUAGUUGGCCUUCCAGGAGUUGAUGGUCUUUCAACAGAACAAAGGAAGAGGCUGACAAUAGCUGUGGAGCUUGUUGCUAACCCCUCUAUCAUCUUCAUGGACGAACCAACAUCUGGUCUUGAUGCCAGAGCUGCGGCUAUUGUUAUGCGUACUGUGAGAAAUACAGUGGAUACUGGGAGAACUGUUGUAUGCACAAUCCACCAGCCUAGCAUAGACAUUUUUGAAGCUUUUGAUGAGCUACUGCUGAUGAAAAGUGGAGGACAAGUCAUUUAUGCUGGACCUCUCGGUCGUUAUUCUCAGAAGUUGAUAGAAUAUUUUGAAGCUGUCCGAGGAGUUACUAAGAUUAGGGAUGGUUAUAAUCCUGCCACAUGGAUGCUUGAAGUCACUGCUCCUACAGUUGAGACUCAUCUUAAUGUGGAUUUUGCUGACAUUUAUGCCAAUUCCUCACUUUGUCUGAGUAAUCAGGAACUUAUCAAAGAGCUAAGUACUCCAGUGCCAGGCUCCAACGACCUCUACUUCCCAACCAAAUACUCUCAACCAUUCAGUGUUCAGUGCAAAGCUUGUUUUUGGAAACAACAUUGGUCUUAUUGGAGAAACCCUCAGUACAAUGCCAUCCGGUUCUUCAUGACAAUAGUCAUUGGUGUAUUAUUUGGUCUAAUCUUCUGGAAGAAGGGACAAAAGACGGCCAAACAACAAGACUUGAUGAAUCUUUUGGGAGCCAUGUAUGCUGCUGUGUUUUUCCUUGGAGCCACAAAUGCUUCUACGGUGCAGUCUGUUGUUGCCAUUGAGAGGACAGUUUUCUACCGUGAAAGAGCAGCUGGGAUGUAUUCUGCAUUGCCUUAUGCAUUUUCUCAGGUGGCUAUUGAGACAAUUUAUAUUGCAAUUCAAACUCUUGCUUACACACUUCUCCUUUACUCUAUGAUUGGGUUUGAGUGGAAGGCAACGAAGUUCCUGUGGUUCUAUUACUACAUAUUUACAUGCUUUGUCUACUUCACAUUGUACGGGAUGAUGGUUGUUGCACUGACGCCAGGCCACCAAAUUGCUGCCAUUUGUAUGUCAUUCUUCCUCAGUUUUUGGAAUUUGUUCUCCGGUUUCCUCCUUCCCUGGCCGCAAAUCCCAAUAUGGUGGAGGUGGUACUACUGGGCUUCUCCUGUGGCUUGGACACUAUAUGGUCUUAUAACCUCUCAAGUUGGUGACAAAAAUGCUUCACUUGAGAUACCUGAAGCAGGUAACAUGCCAUUGAAAGAGUACCUCAAAGUAAGCUUGGGUUUCAAAUAUGACUUCCUUCCAGUUGUUGCAGUGGCCCAUCUUGGCUUUGUUCUCCUCUUCUUCUUUGCGUUUGCCUAUGGCAUCAAGUUCCUCAACUUCCAAAGGAGAUAACUUGCUUGAGUUAUACACACACUAGUCUAACAGUAUGUUUGGGAGUUUGUAAAGGAAUGAAAUAGGUAAAUUUUGAAGGAAAGGAAUACAUUGUUCUUUUUCUAGUAUUCUUUGGAGUUUAUAAGGGAGGAUAGGAAAUGAAAUAAAUUAUAUAUUUCUUACUCUUAUGCUCAUUAUGUAUUAUUUGUAUUUAUAGAAACAAGGAUAAAAACAUAAUUCUUUCUCAACCAAUGAGGGGAGUUAAUGGUUUACUUCACUUUUGAGUGGAAGGCUUAUGAUGGAAUGGUCCAUCCUAGUCGUUUCGUUUCUUCCUUCUGAACUCCCUGUAUUAUGUCUUAUUUCUUUUCCUUCCUCAUACAGUAGGAAAGCAGUUGUGUAAAACAGUGGGAAGCAAAAUGGCUACCUCCUUUUUUCUUUUUCUUUUUUGUAAUGUAUAUAUUUUUUUUUCCAUCU